AUGGAGCCUUCACCACCGGACUCAGUGUUACAGACUCAAGAAGAAAGCAUGCCCAAUACCCCCAAAUCGUUGCAGUUUUAUCUCAUACUGUUUUCAUUCUCUUUUAUCAGCUUUGUUGCUGCCCUCGAUGGCUCGAUAAUCGCCACAGCCCUCCCUAAAAUCACGAAUGAUCUUUCGGCUGCCGACAACUAUGUGUGGAUUGCGAACUCUUUCCUCAUUGCUCAAACAGUUGUUCAGCCACUUUGUGCUCAGAUAUGUAACAUAUUCGGGCGUUGCGCACCUAUUGGGAUCGCAGGAGGCUCAAACAGCUCCACGAUGCUCAUAGCCGGUCGCACCGUUCAGGGCCUCGGAUCUGGAGGCAUCAUGAUGCUUGUUGAACUCAUUAUCUGCGAUAUCGUCCCCCUCAGAGAAAGAGGAAAAUACCUCGGCAUUGUCAUGUCUUCGACCGCUAUCGCUGCCAUUUUAGGACCAGCUGUCGGAGGAGCUCUUGCUACAGUAAACUGGAGAUGGCUUUUCUAA